CUUCAAAUUUGCUCUUCAACACCAGCAAAGAGUUCAACUUCUGGGUCUGGCUUAUUUCAUGAUCCUAGCUUCUGCUUACUCUUCACCAUUAAAGUUGGGAUCAUGGAGAACGGGCAUAGCUGGGAGCAGAAGACACUGGUAAGUGAGCUGAUUGAAGGGAUGGAAUUGGCAAAACAGUUGAGUGUACAUCUGGGUGCAAGAGCUUCAACUGAAACUAAUGAAGUAUUAGUGCAGAAGAUAUUAACUUCAUACGAGAAAGCGCUUUUCAUUCUCAAAUCGGGUGGUUCAACUGGACAGACUCCAACUGAGAGAGCAAUGACAGUUGCACCAGAGUCCCCAAUAUCCAUUAAUGGAAGUCCUCGGAGCGACGAUCUUGAUGGGGUUUUUAAGGAUAAUCAAGAUCAACAAGAUAGUUCAAAAAAGAGAAAGACAAUGCCUAGGUGGACAGAUAAAGUUAGAGUUAGCUUUGAGAGUGGGCUCGAGGGACCCCAUGAUGAUGGCUACAGUUGGAGAAAAUAUGGCCAGAAAGAUAUCCUAGGAGCCAAAUUUCCGAGAAGCUAUUACAGAUGCACUUACAGAAAUACACAGAACUGUUGGGCUACAAAACAAGUUCAAAGAUCAGAUGAAGACCCCACAAUCUUUGAGAUUACAUACAGAGGAACACACACUUGUUUGCAUGGCAACUCAGUUACACAACCAGCUUCACCAGACAAACAAGAACAAAGACUAAACCAAAAUAAUAAUAAUUUUAAUCGUGCACAACAAAGCUUCAAUAAGGGUGGCUUGGAAAACAAACAGAUGGCAUAUCCUUUCUCUUUUCCUUCAACUUCAUUCGGAUGCAAGAGUGAAAAUGCUUGCUAUCCCCCGCCAAUGCUUGAUGAAAACAAUUUCUUGGGUGGGUUCUCUUCAUCUUUUGCAUCUCCCACUGCCGAUUCAAACUAUUUCUUAAUUUCACCAUGCCAGAUGACCAACUUCGGAGAUGCUCAUAAUAUGCAGCGUUCAGAAUCUGAUCUCACUGAGCUUUUAUCGGCUAACAACUCAGCUGCCACUUCUCCAGCUUUGAACUUGGAUUUUGAUCCAAACUUCCCAUUUGGCAGCCCAGGGUUCUCCUUUUAGCACUAAUUCAAUGUAAAAUGAUAAAAAAUAAAGAAAUGACAGGAAUUUGGUGGGUGUGCAUCACCUUUCUCCCUUAGUUUGUAUUAUAAUUGAGAAAAGAGACAUAUUAGGAGCAUAAGAGCCUUGUCUCAGGUUGGCUUUGAAGUAGAGACUAGUCACUGGUAGUACCUGUAAUUUUUCCAGUUUGUUUAUGAAGAUUGAAGAGCAGUUGUAAUCGAUUAAAUAUACAAAUGCUCGAUAGCUUUUGGCAAA